CCCGAUAACCGACAUGCUCGCACUAUUUAUCUGCCUUCACGCGGAGAGAGACUUCGACGAGGCAACGCAGCUUCCUCCUCUUUCUCUUCUCCUAGUUCCUUGGGCCGCCGUCGGACCAAGAGGACCCCAAGAUGGUAACGUCUACGGCGGUGAACAUGUACCCGCUCGCUAACUACACUUUCGGGACGAAGGAGCCCAAGAUGGAGAAGGACACCUCCGUCGCCGAUCGCCUCGCUCGCAUGAAGGUCAACUAUAUGAAAGAAGGUAUGCGGACGAGUGUUGAGGCGAUUUUACUGGUACAGGAGCACAACCAUCCCCAUAUAUUGCUACUGCAAAUUGGAAAUACGUUUUGUAAACUUCCUGGUGGACGUCUGAAGCCUGGAGAGAAUGAAAUUGAGGGUUUGAAACGGAAGCUGUCUAGCAAACUUGGUGCCAACUCACCUUCCUUCCAGCAAAAUUGGCAGAUUGGAGAGUGUGUUGCUGUGUGGUGGAGGCCAAACUUUGAAACAGCAAUGUACCCAUAUUGUCCUCCUCAUAUUACCAAGCCCAAGGAGUGUAAGAAGCUUUUUCUUGUUCACCUGCCAGAAAGAGAAUUCUUUGCUGUUCCCAAAAACUUGAAGUUGCUUGCUGUUCCAUUGUUUGAACUGUAUGACAAUGUUUCGAGAUAUGGACCUAUUAUCUCAACCAUUCCACAACAGUUAUCAAGGUUCCAGUUCAACAUGGUCAGUUCGUGAAGAUGGUAGGCGGGUUUCAUGAUAGAGUUCUUGAUUAACUGAUCCUCAGGACCUUCAAAAUGUGCAUGCAGCAGCAAGAUAAAUGAAGCUAGUCCAACGUAACUUGAGCGCCUUUGGUUACUCAAUUUAUUGUUUAUUUUUCUGUGCAAACAUAUAGAACUGGUUGAUCCAUGCAUGGGAUUUUCUUCUUUUAUAUGUAAGCUUGACAUGGGCAGUUGGACUUACAAGCUGUCAUCAUGUAGUCUAUAAAAAAGAUUGGCUCAUCUAUAGUUCCGAUGUUAGGUUAGAGAAUACGUAAGAGGGCUGAAACAGAUGAGAGACCGAUAGCUAUUGCAUGUUGAAGCUUACGUGUGAUUACAGGUGACUUGCUAAAUGUUUGAUCCAGAUGGGGUAAAUUUUGCGUGAGCAGAUGUAUUACAAAAUCCAGUGGGGUAGAUAUUUUUAUAUAUUUAUGCAGUUAAUUUGAUUUGUCUAAGAUAUGGGAGCUAUAUCUAUGUUCUCGUCGACUGUUUUUUUUUUAUGAAGGCCUGUAGUUAGUCAUUUCAGGGCACCAUGUUAGGACCAUUUCAAGAUAAAAGAAAACAUGUUUGAAGCUCUGUUGUGAUGAAAUUUGAGAACUUUAUAUUUGGAAAUCUGAGCUGGAGUCGUUGUAAUGCGAAUAUCAAAUCUCUAGUUCUUGGUACGGAAACCUCGGCUCCUGAAUGGGUGUGGAUUAUAUCACCUGAGCAUUGCUUUUUUUCAGAUGGUGGCACGUCUGAGCUUAUGCAAUCCACCGUCUGGGGGCCGUCCAUGUUAUCGCUUUGGUCCCCUAACAGGCAACACUGAGGAGAUGGGAAGGCUGUGCUACCAUUCACAGCAUGUAAUUGUCAUGAAAUCUUCAUAUAGGUUUCGUUCAAUAAGAUUACAAAUGAGGUGUAUAUUUUA